AUGAGAAAGAAGCGUAAUAGGGAACUCGAUGAUCUUUUGCAUAUUAGAAAAGAGUUAGAAGAUCAAGUAAAGGAAGCCAAAAUUGCCAAAGUCACUCUUGAAAUUCAGAAGUCACUCUUUCCUCCUUGGACGAUAGAACGAAUUCAGAGGGAAACUGUUGAUUAUCUGAACAUCAACUGGUUGGAGCUUUUGGUUUCUUUUGGUCUGAGUAAUGUGGCGGAUUCUCAACUUGAUUUUCCAAUCACUCGUAAGGCUUUUUUGUUUCGUUUCUUUGAGAAGAUAGAGAAGGCUCCAUUCUCUGACUAUGAUGUUAAUCAUAUGCUCUUAUCUUUCUAUAUUAAAUAUGUCAAGCCGUAA